AUGCCGAACAGGCCCAAGUUGGAUCAGUUUGAUAUCCGGCAUGUGGAUCGUCGGGAGCUAUACACAGACUUCAAGAAGCGCAUUGCGUACCUCAAGGCCUUCCUGAAUCUGGUCGAUGACGAUAUCAUCGUCUUCAACAAAGGGGCCAAGUACCUCAAGACCGCAAUCCCAGACCUCACUCAUCGCCUAUAUUCCAAAAUGCUGGAGUUCGACAUCACUGCGCGUGCGUUACGGACUCGCAACACCGCCUGCCAUGCGCACGUCGAAGACUUAUUCACCAUUGACAGUCCCCAUGUGGAGCGCCGCAAGAUCUUCUGGAAGUGGUAUCUGACUCGGCUGUGUAACGACCCGAGCCAGAUGGAGUACUGGGAGUACCUGGAGAAGGUAGGGAAAAUGCAUACCGGUAAAGUGCUGCUGCAUCCCCUGAACAUCGAAUACGUCCACAUGAACGCCUGUCUACGGUACGUGGAGGAUCUUCUGAUCGAGUGGAUCUCGCUCCACCCGGAGAUGACCGUGCGGUUCAAGUUCGCCCUGAUCCGCUCCCUGAACAAGAUCAUGUGCAUCCAGAACGACCUGAUCUCGAAAUGCUACAUCCCCGCCGGGCAGGAGUACGAAGAGAACGACGACGACGCCUCCACGACGGCGGACGAGUCCCGGCCCAGCAUCGACUCGGCCCAGACCGCCGCCUCCUCCUCCUUACACUUCCGGCCCCGCGCCGAAUCCCAAGCCACCACCGGCACAACCACCUCCAAAACGGCGAGUAGUAUCCGCAGCGCCGACACCCAGCUAUCCUCGACGGACAGUUCAUAUCAUCCCCCACUUCCGAGCUGUUUAACCCCCGGGUUGGUCUCUUCGUCGUCGAGACCAACCUCCUCGGCCGGCGAGUCCCUCAGCGCGAAGAGCAUGACCACGAGCACGACCACAAGCACAACCCACGCCGACCUCGCUCGCCCCAGCUCAUCCACACCCGCCACUCUGGACUCGUACCCCACCACCCCGCCCACCACCUCCUCCAGCAGCAGCCUGCGGCCCGCGCCCGCGAAUAUGUGGCGAAGUUCCAUGGUAGGCUUCGUGUCGCCGUUUACGGUGGAGUCGCUGCAGACGCUCGAGACGAAGAUCUGGUCCGAGGAGUUGACGGAGAAGGCGACGUUUGGGAAGGGGAGGGCACGAGGGCCGAUGGCGUGA